CUUACUCGCUUCGUACUCGGUAUUGGUAGGGCGACGAGGGGAGAUCGGAUCUCUCUCGCGUCGAGUCGCACACAUAAGCCGCUCUCGUGUAUCUCUCGUAAAGGUGGACGGCGACACGGAAAAUGUCAGGAUCAUCAUCGAUACCUGCUUUUCUCGUGGCGCUUCUCAACCCGAAAACUCAUCAUCCGGUAAAAGAGUUCUCUUUGUCGCGCCACUAUUGGCAAAGAGUGAUGAGAAGGGGAUGAGACAGCGACACGUUGGGUGAGAUUCACUUGACAGAGCGUAGCAAACGUCUUAUUACGGAAAAGAGAGGAUAGAAGGGCAGGAUAAGAGGUAUAAGAGGUAUAUUCGACCGUUCCAAAUCGAUCUUCGGGUGAUCUUCCGAUGAAGUUCUCUAUUUUCGAGAUAAAAUCACGGUCGCAGUUCCCUUUCAACUUUUCGCUCGCUCCAAUUUCGUUAUUGUACAAUGAUUAGAAUGAAAACUUAAGAAUAGAACGAAAGAGAUGUGAUGGAAUUUCAUACAUUUCUUAAUUUUUUUAUUGACUUAAUUUUAUUAUCGAAAUAAAUUUUCUACAAAAUAAACUGUACAAAAUUUAUUACUACGGAUAUUUUUAAGAACGCAAUCGCGAAAUCAAACUAUGAAUUAAUAACAAAUAAUAGCUGAGGUUUUAACAUAUUUGAAUACACAUUUUCAAGAGCAAUUUAAGAAUCUCAUCUUCAGCUACCUCACACAUUUAUUAAAAAUUGAUAAUAAAGCGUUUUCCAGAAGUUUCAAUCCUUACGCCCGACAUAUUUUAUCGUGUCACAGGAAUUUUGUCGUAUACGGGCAGCAUACACACUGGAUCAUUUUUUAAUGUCCCGAAGGCCGUGCUAUCUCAUUGCGACCUGUUAAUGAUUUUUGACCGCCAUUAUUCAUCGCCCGGCAUCGCGUCUAUCACCUUGACAUCGCGCGUUCGAAUCCGAGACGUGGUCGCGCCUCCCUCCGUGGGAUCCUAGGCAGCGCGGCGCAAGCAGAGAGGAUCCGACCGAGGAGCGGAGCCUCCUCGUGUCGACGGGUUCCGUAGGCGAGUUAAAAGAGGAAAAGAGGGGCUCGGUUGCGUCCCGUUGCCGCCGAGCGGCGCUCACCUGCCUAGUCCGCAACAGUCUCGUACGGUUCGCUCCGGCCAGGAGCCUCGCCGGCGAUCGCAGACGGGCGAGCUUCGCUGUCUCCCUACCAUUUGGAUCUUUCCACUUACGCCAGACUUUCUCACAGGCUUUCCACUCUCCUUCCCCCUCCGUCAGCUUCCUUUCGUUCUCGGUCUCGCCUACAAUUUUACACGUGUUACACGAAAUUCUUUCUAGUCUUUCCGAUCCAUCGAUCCGCUUGUAGAAUCUUCAGGGUUUUCAGCGGGUAUGGCCUUUUUUGCGAAGAUCGCGUCUCCCGCAACGGCGAACUCGAAGAUGCACCCGUCGCGGGCGUCGGUAGCGAUGGUCUCGCGGCGGCGACGAUGGUGAAGGUUGUUGUGGUGGUGGUGCUGGUGCCGGUGAAGAAGAGGAAGACGAAGAAGAAGAGGAAGAAGAAAACGGCGUAUAUAUUGGUGGGGGCAACUCUUCACUACUCCUCAGAACUGGUGGGGGUAAAGCAACACUCAAAGAUCGUGGUGACGUAGUUCUGGCAGGAACGCGACGCGUUUUUGCCCACGUAGCAAGAAAAGAGAACUUUUCUACGCCUCGUAUCUGCCUUGCGUAGUUGGCACUUUUGGGAAAGUGCAUGGAAUAGAGAGAACAAGACGGAAGUAAAAGAGAGGCGAAGAGGAAGAGAAACGUCAGACACCUUGACAGACCGAAAGGGAAGACGGAAGAAGAGGGAGCCAGUGCGGGGGCGAAAGAAAGACAGAGAGUGGCUGGGAAGGGGGAGGGGGAAGGAGGGGGCAAGUGGUCCAAGGGACCGGAAGUCACAGUGCUCCUCUUCCGGGUCUUUCUUGAAUCGCGAGCCCCUUUUUCGCGAUCUCUCUCUCUCUCUCUCUCUCUCUUUCUCGAAGACUUAUCUCUUCCAACGAAGGGUAUCUCCGAUCGCCCUCAAGCACUUUCCGCGUGAUACGAUCAUGAAGAUCAAGUGUUCACCGCGUUCGUCAUGGCUGCGUAAUCUCGGUAUCUUCGCUUCGCAAAACGUGUCGAGAGAUGCAACGCCAGAAUAAUUCUUUGUUAGAUGCAGCGAUCAGGGAUAAAGAGCUUUGCAAGUAAAUCUCUCCGCAAGCGAUGACCAUCGUUCUCCAAUGCUCCCUGUGGACCGUGAGAAAAUCUAUUUCAAUGAAUUGCAAAAUGUCGACAAAUCAACGAAGAUUUUAAGAGGAUCUAACGACAUUUGGCGAGCGAUGAGCGCUGCGAUGUCGAGUUUUGCUGGACCAUACGGUAAAGGAGUCUCGUGGUAGAGGGGACAGUGCGUCAGUUCGCGUGUCAAUAUUUCAACCACGAGGUGCAUUCGAAAUCGAAGAACACGUACUGGUGAACUCGCGGCGGUUCGCGGUCGACUCGUCCUUUGCAGCCGGGCACCGGUGAGCUCACGAACACCACCGUCGCGACUUCCAUCGAUCGUCAGUGCGUAGAGCGAACAAAGGAAACGUAAUUGGUGAUCGAUUCGAGGGUGUUAUCAGGUGCGGAGGGAAUGGAGAUGCGCCCCGUUCUCGUGGCGAUCUGCCUCCUUCUCGUCACCCCCAUCACCGGCUCUUUUUGGACUGUAGGAAGCCAGCUGGUGAUGGACCCGAUGCUUGUUUGCAAAAAAACGAGGCGAUUGAAGGGCAAACUGGCCGACAUUUGUCGUAAGGAACCAUCUCUGCUGAAAGAAAUCGCGAAGGGUAUUCAAGUAGGCACUAGAGAAUGUCAAUAUCAAUUCCGAAAUCGAAGGUGGAACUGCACGACCGUUAGGAGAUCUCUCAAGAAGAUUCUGCUCCGCGAUACGCGGGAGACGGGUUUCGUGAACGCCAUCACCGCCGCUGGAGUUACUUAUGCGGUUACCAGAGCCUGCACUAUGGGUGACCUCGUGGAAUGCUCCUGCGAUAAGAUGACGUCGAAGGGUAACCGUCUAGCUAAAUUUGCGCGUACGGUCGAAGCGAAGAAAAGUUUGCCGACGGAAGGAGACUGGGAAUGGGGAGGAUGCGGCGAUAACGUAAACUUCGGCUUUAAGAAAUCUCGAGAAUUCAUGGAUGCGCCGUAUCGUAAAAGAAGUGACAUAAAAACGCUGGUGAAGCUUCAUAAUAACGACGCUGGUCGUCUGGCCGUACGCAACUUUAUGAGGACCGAAUGUAAGUGUCACGGGCUCUCCGGCUCCUGCACGGUGCGCACUUGCUGGCGCAAGAUGCCGCCGUUUCGGGAAGUCGGCAAUCGCUUGAAGGAGUCCUUUGACGGCGCGGCCAAAGUCAUUCCCAGCAACGACGGGCACAGCUUCAUUACUGAGGGCCCCACGAUCAAGCCGCCCGGUAGGUUCGAUCUGAUCUACAGCGAGGACUCGCCGGACUUUUGCAAGCCGAACCGGAAGACCGGCUCCUUGGGUACGACGGGUCGUCAUUGUAACGCGACUAGUCCUGGGGUCGAGGGCUGUGAGCUCCUCUGCUGCGGUAGGGGCUACGACACCAAAAUCGUCAAGGAGAAGGUCAAUUGUCAGUGCAGGUUCCGGUGGUGUUGCGAAGUCACGUGCAAUACGUGUCUUGUGAAGAAGACCAUCAACACUUGCCGCUAGUGUCGACGUAAGUGUGAAAACUUGUACCGAUAUAUGACAGUGUUGAGAAUCGAGUCGGUGAGGCAGCUUGUCCUGCAUGUGUCAGCGGAUUAGGGGGGAGAAGCUGAAGAGAUGCUGUGAAAAAUGAUUUAUAUUCUCUACGCAAGUCCCAUUGAUGUGUGCCAUAACAAUAGAGAACAAUAACCACAAGAAUUAGAAUUCAAGAGUUUUGUAGAGUUUUGAGAGUUUCGCAGGGAUUUGCAGUGUUUAAAUACGUACGAAAUUUUAGGCAAUUGAACUUUUCCUUAUUUGUUCUUUUAUUAAUAAUUGCCGAAAAGCAUUAAUGAUUAGCUUAUAAUAGUUUGUAUGUUUUGAAGUUGUUUAGUGUUUAGCGUGAUUGAAAUUUUUCGACUUUUUAUUAUUGCCAUCGCUAUCAACGGUUGAUUUAAUCCUUUUCUCUCGACGAUCGUGAUAAUGAUCUACGUAAUAGCACUUGUAAUAUAUCGAUUUUUAGGAAAUAUGGGUUGAUUGUGAAUAUUUAUUGAUGAAUAUUCAGAUGAUAUGUGAUUUAUCGCGACCAUACAGGCCUGAAUUAAAUUUAGGACAAGACAUAUGUAAGAUGUCUAAAGAGAUUUAUCGUCUGCGACGUGUGAAUGCGAGAAGCGGAUUGGGAACGUCAGUAGUGCAUGCGUGAGCUAAGUCAGACGCGAAUCGCGAAUGCUAGAUUUCUCGCGAAAUAUCCUUGACUAUGUACUUAUUAAUUGCUGGUGGUUACAAAACUGGAUAUUUUGAAUAUAGAAAUGUAUUUUACCAGAGUUUGGGUAAGUAUGGUCAACGCUAGCAAUAUGUAGGUUGUACCCAAAGAUUUUUAUUAUUACAAUCAGAACUGGUUUUAAACUUUUGUCGCUUUUCUUAACUUUUAUUUUACACGAUAUAAGAUUGCUCCUUUUUUCAAGCUGAUAAUCGAAUUAUGUACAAAUGACACUUUAAAGUAAUAUUAUAUAAAAUUUUUUUCUAAUUUUAGACUAAUAACAAAAUAUUGAUUAAAUUUAUCUUAAUAAUAUGAUUAUAAAAUAAUAAUGUAAAUCUGUUUAACUAGUAAUAUAAAUUCUCAAACAUAAUAUUUAAAAUCGGGGCAUAAGAUAUCUUUGAUUACUAUGUUUAAAAGAUGUCUCCCUACAUCUUUAAGAUUUCUAGCAUACUACUUACUGCAGCCAUCUUGGAUUGUGAAGUCAGAAAUAAAAAAUACAUAAAAAAGAUCUUCUAAAAUAUAUUAAAAUAUUAAAAUAUGAAUAAUUUUUAACAAAAUACAAAUUUGCAACUUGCAUUUGAUAAAAUAUAUUGAAAUCUCUCCCGUGUUUUGGCAAUUAAUAAAUAAUCAAAUAUUUCGAAUUGAAUUGUACGUAAUCACAAAAAGAAACAAGCUAUUAUAUAUGACAGUUGUCGAAUUGAUAUCAUUGGAAUUUUACUUUAGAAAGAUAAGAUACUAAGGAUAAAUUACUAGAUAUGUUAUAUUAAUUCCUGAUUUUUUUUCAAUUUCUUUAAGCUUUUAUUUUUGUUUUAUUUAUGGUCCUUUUAUGGUUUACAUUUCAAUUUAUUAUUCUUUAUUCUAUUCACUUAAUUUUAAUGGUGUAACUAGUCUAUUUUUAUUAUAGUUUAUUGCUUUUUUAUUUGUUUAUUUUAAUUUUUUAAUUGUUUAAUUUUUAUUCUUAUUUUUCAAUAGAAUUAAAUUAACUGUUUAAAAUCUUUGAUUUUACAACUUUAUCAAUUAAUUAUUUGUAAUGAAUAGUCAAGAAGCUUAAAACGGGGGGGGGGGGGGUCCCGAUUUUAAACAUGCGAUGUUUGAGUCAGUUUUUCAUACAAUUUUGAAUAUCUUUUGAUAAAAACGUAUCGCUCUGACAAAGCUCGGUGGACUUUCUGCUAUGUAGAAUCAACUCCACAUAUUUGUUUAGUUGUUAUUAGUAUCGCUAACGCUGUGCGAGGCGAUCAUGUUUCGGGCUUUCCACGUAUCUCCACUGCUCGUAAUACAUAUUAAGAUAUACAUAAGAUACCGUAACGAAUGUAUGUAAAGUAUAUCAAAAUAUCGUAACGCGUCAGUAUAUAUUUGCACAGCAAUGCCUAGUGAGUCGCUUUUUCGCUUGAAUCGUUGCGACUUUGACCAAAGUCUCAAGUGAUGAAUUCGGUAUUAAUGGCACCAGAAGCAUUUCAACGUUAUGAUAUCAAAUCAAAUUUUUAUGCAAACCUUUUUGUUGAUUAUAUCCAAGAAAACAUUCUCGGGGUUUUGCUUUAAUUUUACACAUAUCUCAUUACAUUGCUUUUUUCGCGUAACACAAGCUUUGUGCCAUACGUUACGCCAAACGCUUUUUAUCGAUUCUCGAGUUAUACCUCGUUACAGGGCUUAUUUUUUUCUCGUUUGUAUAUAAGACUGAUCUAUUAGGGUUUGUAUUUUUGCGCAAUAUGAGUUAGAUACGGAUAAAAUUAUACUCACGGACGAAUCUCGUUUGUUACUUUAAGGUUUAUCAAUUUAUCUGCAGUGACGACGUAUUUUAGGAUGAAAAUAUAUAGAAGGAAAAAUAUAUAAAGAAUUGUAUUU